CUCCUUCCCCCCCCUUUCUAUCUCGUUUUUCUUCUGGAACUGGAGAAAAAAAGAAAAGGGAAAUCAAAUCCUACCUUCCGGUUUUGUUGGAUAAUUUGAUUUUGUCAUUAAUUUAGUUGUGUAGGUUUGAGUGAUUGGAUAACAGAGAGAUGUCGGAGAAGUUCUCGCCGACGCUGCGGAUUGGAGAUCUCAGCGAUUUCAUAGCACCAAGUCAAGCUUGUGUAGUCUCUCUCAAAGGAAUUAAAGCUCCUACCAGGAAGCCUGACAAACCAGAGGUGUUGAUUUCUAACAAACACAAACAGAAGCUUAAAAUUCGAAAAUCUAAAGUAUCACUACCUAUGCUUUCCUCAGCAUGUCCAGGUUGGAUAUGUUAUGCUGAAAAGCAACUUGGGUCCUACAUUUUGCCAUAUAUUUCUUCUGUCAAGAGCCCUCAGCAAACAAUUGGAGCGACCAUUAAGAACCACCUGUGCCAAACAAUGGGUCUCAGUCCAGAAGAGGUUUAUCAUGUAACAGUAAUGCCGUGCUAUGAUAAGAAACUUGAGGCUGCUAGGGAUGACUUUGUUUUUCAAGUGGAAUCUGAAGAUGGAAUUCAUGAAAAAGAAGAUCUUAGGAUUACGGAGGUAGAUUCAGUGUUGACAUCGGGUGAAGUUUUGGAUUUGAUACAACUGAAAGCAGUGGAUUUUAAAGCCUUGGAGGAGUCUCCUCUUGAUAAAAUGUUUACCAAUGUCAAUGAAGAAGAGUGUCUUUAUGGGGUUGCUGGAAGCUCUGGAGAUUAUGCAGAAACAACAUUUAGAUAUGCUGCUAAAACACUAUUUGGGAAAGAGCUCAGUGGUCCUUUGGAGUUCAAAACCAUAAGAAAUUCUGACUUUCAAGAAGUGACUCUUGAAGUGGACGGGAAAACUGUAUUGAAAUUUGCACUCUGUUACGGCUUCCAGAACUUGCAAAAUAUUGUCAGGAAGGUCAAAAUGCAAAGAUGUGAUUAUCAUUUUGUUGAGGUCAUGGCAUGUCCUUCUGGUUGCUUAAAUGGUGGUGGUCAAAUUAAACCAAAGCCAGGGCAAUCUCCAAAAGAUUUGCUUCAAGCAUUAGCAGGUGUUUAUAUGGAAAAUGUCCUGGUAGCUGAUCCUUUCAAUAAUCCCCUUGUGAAAACUUUAUAUGACGAGUGGCUUGAGCAACCUGGUUCGAAGAAGGCUAGGAAGCACUUGCACACUGAAUACCAUCCUGUGGUAAAAAGCAUUACUGCUCAGUUACACAAUUGGUAGAAAGUUUGCAUCCUCUUUACUGAUUCCUCACUCGUGGAAUUCUCUCCCGGGGCCGAGUUGUCUCUCAUCAGUUCAUAACUACACGACCCAGCUGGGCCAAUUCUUCGUUGUUACAGAGAAUGGAGCACUGGAAGAGACCAAUUUUGAAAGAGUAAACAGAUAAUUUGUUGCUUGACCUUUUGUUCUCAUGUAUAUACCUGUUUUAGAAUCUUGUUAGAUAAAAAAGAGUGACCUGCUUGUUCUUGUAUCCGAUAAUUAUACCUAUUUCUCCCAUGUAUUUCUGGGAACUGGAAGUCUUAAAGUCUAAACUGUCCAAAAUAAAAGUUCCCUUCACUUAUAUGUGUACAUGCUUUGGUUUCUAAUCUUAAUUUUCUCUUCUUAUAAUUAAAGAGGUUUGGGGA